AUGGCGGCCUCUGUAAAGCGCUGCGCCUGCGUCUUUUCACGGCUCCAGCGCCACUUGAGCUCCCGGGCGGUGCGUACAUCAGGCUGUGCGGUCUUGUCAGUACCACGUCCAUGGGCUGAAGUUGGGACAUCCAUCAGAGCCCGGUCAACUGUCGCGAAACCCCCGGACACAUCUCUCUUCGUCCCGGUGUCACUAAAGACUGACGACUCCGCGGACGUGGGCGUGGGGGUGGAACUUACACAGCCUUUGGAUAAAAGUGAGCUUUUGAAAGUACUGAAUCGUUUUUAUAGAAGAAAAGAAAUGCAAAAGCUGGCAGCAGAUAACGGCCUCGAUGCGAGACUCUUCCAUCAAGCCUUCAUCAGCUUUAGAAAGUUUGUCUUGGAGAUGUCUUCACUCCCUGCUGACCUGCACAUCAUUCUUAGUGACGUUUGCUGUGGAGCAGGCCACAUAGAUGAUGUCUUUCCGUAUUUCAUGCGUCAUGCAAAGCAAAUUUUUCCUAUGUUGGACUGCAUGGAUGACUUGAGAAAGAUCUCAGACCUCAGAGUUCCAGCCAACUGGUACCCAGAGGCUCGUGCGAUCCAGAGAAAAGUAAUUUUUCAUGCUGGUCCCACAAACAGCGGAAAAACAUACCAUGCGAUUCAGCGUUAUCUUGCAGCCAAGUCUGGAGUCUACUGUGGUCCUUUGAAACUUCUGGCUCACGAGAUCUUUGAGAAAACUAAUGACAGCAAAGUAGCUUGUGACUUGGUCACAGGUGAAGAAAGGACAUUUGUGGAUCCAGAAGGACGCACAUCUGGCCACGUUGCCUGCACCAUAGAGAUGUGCAGCGUCACCACACCUUAUGAGGUUGCUGUCAUUGAUGAGAUACAAAUGAUUCGAGAUCCAUCCAGAGGCUGGGCCUGGACGAGAGCCCUGCUAGGUCUUUGUGCUGAGGAAAUUCAUGUGUGUGGAGAAUCUGCUGCAAUAGAUUUUGUAAGGGAACUUAUGUAUACCACCGGAGAAGAGGUUGAGGUUCAUAAUUACCAGCGUCUGACACCAUUCUCUGUGUUGAAUCAAGCUCUGGAUUCAUUGGAUAAUUUAAGACCAGGGGACUGUAUUGUAUGUUUUAGUAAAAAUGAUAUCUACUCAAUCAGUAGACAAAUAGAGGCUCGAGGUCUUGAAUGCGCUGUGAUUUAUGGGAGUCUUCCGCCAGGUACUAAAUUAUCCCAGGCCAAAAAAUUCAAUGAUCCUGAUGAUCCCUGUAAGAUAUUGGUUGCCACAGAUGCUAUUGGCAUGGGACUUAAUUUGAGUAUUAAGCGCAUUAUCUUCAAUAGUCUGGUCAAGCCAAAUGUGAACGAAAAGGGAGAAAAACACAUGGAGACAAUCAGCACGUCACAGGCCUUGCAGAUCGCUGGUCGAGCUGGCAGAUUCUCAUCAAAGUUUAAAGAAGGAUCAGUCACAACAAUGCACAAAGAUGAUCUUCCCAUCUUAAAAGAAAUUCUCAGCCAGUUAGUGGAUCCCAUAGAGACUGCAGGCCUUCAUCCCACUGCUGAACAGAUCGAGAUGUUUGCAUACCAUCUGCCUGAUGCUACACUGUCUAAUCUCGUGGACAUCUUUGUGAGCCUUUCUCAAGUGGACGGCAUGUAUUUUGUCUGCAACAUUGACGACUUCAAGUUUUUGGCUGAUAUGAUUCAGCAUAUCCCUUUAAAUUUGAGGUCUCGCUAUGUCUUCUGCACAGCUCCAAUCAACAAAAAGCAGCCUUUUGUGUGCACAUCGUUUCUGAAGUUUGCUCGUCAGUUCAGUCGGGAUGAGCCACUGACGUUUGACUGGGUGUCUCGCCAUGUCAGCUGGCCUGCGCUUGCUCCAAAAAACAUUAAGGAUUUGGUGCAUUUAGAAGCAGUUCAUGAUGUUCUGGACCUUUACCUCUGGUUAAGCUACCGAUUUAUGGACAUGUUUCCAGACACUAUGUUAAUACGACAAAUCCAACAAGACCUUGAUCAAAUAAUCCAAGAGGGAGUGCGAAACAUCACUCGACUCAUCAGAGCGUCGGACAGCAGCAUCACUGACCCCCUUCAAAACGGAAAGCCAGAACAAACCUCAGCUCAGAGUGUGACGCGGAGGACACCGGGAGGCAGUAGGGCUAUAAUGGACAGCUCUCUGACCAGCCGCCUUGUGAGAGAUGGGCUCCUCACUCCUGACAUGAUUCGACAGCUGCAGAAAGAGUGGUCUAAAGAGUCGGACACUACAAAACAAAGUUCUCUUGAUACAAACUACUUUAACAGUGACAAGGGAAAACGGAGAAAGAAGAAGAAAUAA